GGAAUGAUGUACUUGGAAGAAAGACGGCUUGUUCAUCGGGAUUUGGCAGCCCGAAAUGUCUUAGUGAAAUCUCCAAACCAUGUGAAAAUCACAGAUUUUGGACUAGCCAGACUCUUAGAAGGAGAUGAAAAGGAGUAUAAUGCUGAUGGAGGAAAGAUGCCAAUUAAAUGGAUGGCUCUGGAGUGUAUACACUACAGAAAAUUCACCCAUCAGAGUGAUGUUUGGAGCUAUGGAGUCACUAUAUGGGAACUGAUGACCUUUGGAGGAAAACCCUAUGAUGGAAUUCCAACCCGAGAGAUCCCGGAUUUAUUAGAGAAAGGAGAACGUUUGCCCCAGCCUCCAAUCUGCACUAUUGAUGUUUACAUGGUCAUGGUCAAAUGUUGGAUGAUUGAUGCUGACAGUAGGCCUAAAUUUAAGGAACUGGCUGCUGAAUUUUCGAGGAUGGCUCGAGACCCUCAAAGAUAUCUAGUUAUUCAGGGUGAUGAUCGCAUGAAGCUUCCCAGUCCAAAUGACAGCAAGUUCUUUCAGAAUCUCUUGGAUGAAGAGGAUUUGGAAGAUAUGAUGGAUGCUGAGGAAUACCUGGUCCCUCAAGCUUUCAACAUCCCCCCGCCCAUCUAUACUUCCAGAGCGAGAAUUGACUCAAAUAGGAGUGAAAUUGGACACAGCCCACCUCCUGCCUACACCCCCAUGUCAGGAAACCAGUUUGUAUACCGAGAUGGGGGUUUUGCUACAGAGCAAGGAGUGCCUGUGCCCUACAGAGCCACGACCAGCACGAUCCCAGAAGCUCCAGUUGCUCAGGGGGCUACAGCCGAGAUUUUUGAUGACUCCUGUUGUAAUGGCACCCUACGCAAGCCAGUGGCACCCCACGUCCAGGAGGAGAGCAGCACCCAGAGGUACAGCGCUGACCCCACCGUGUUUGCCCCGGAACGGAGCCCACGAGGAGAGCUGGAUGAAGAAGGUUACAUGACCCCUAUGCGAGAUAAACCUAAACAAGAAUACCUGAACCCCGUGGAGGAAAACCCUUUUGUUUCUCGGAGGAAGAAUGGAGACCUUCAAGCUUUGGAUAAUCCCGAAUAUCACAACGCUUCCAAUGGUCCACCCAAGGCAGAGGAUGAGUAUGUGAAUGAGCCACUGUACCUCAACACCUUUGCCAACACACUGGGGAAUGCCGAGUACCUGAAGAACAAUGUACUGUCUGUGCCAGAGAAGGCCAAGAAAGCAUUCGACAACCCUGACUACUGGAACCACAGCCUGCCACCUCGGAGCACCCUUCAGCACCCAGACUACCUGCAGGAGUACAGCACAAAAUAUUUUUAUAAACAAAAUGGACGGAUCCGGCCUAUUGUGGCAGAGAAUCCGGAAUACCUCUCUGAGUUCUCGCUGAAGCCAGGCACUGUGCUGCCUCCUCCACCCUACAGACACCGAAAUACUGUGGUGUAAGCUCAGCAGUGGCUUUAAGAAAGAGACACGCCCGCUCCAAUUUCCCGGCCGCCUCUCUUUCUCUUAUGGUCUUCCUUCUAUUCCCAAGGCCAGUAGUUUUGACACUUCCCAGUGGAAGAUAUAGAGAUGCAAUGAUAGUCAUGUGCUUAUCUAACUUGAACAUGAGGAGGAAGAACUGAAAGAGAAAGACAGGAGGAACCACACUGUUUCUUCAUUUCUCUGCAUGGGUUGGUCAGGAGAUUGGAACAGCUAGAAAAGGACCAGCAAAUACAAGGCAAUACUGCCUGCUGUCAAGCUAGUUCUCAAUGUUUUCUCUUUUUUUCUUUCUUUCUUUCUAUUUUUUUUUUUUUUUUUUUUACUGCAGAUGCCUGAAAGACCCAUGCUAUCUGUUCCUAUCUGUAGGAACUGAUGUGUACAUUCUCAGUACCCUUGGAAAUCAUAAUAAAGUUUCCAUUAGAACAAAAGGAUAACCUUUUCUGUAACAUAUGAUAGUAACUGAGAUUGAAAAUACAGUUUCUUUUUCCAACAGUUUCUAUCCUAACAAGCAAAGGCAGCCAACUCAGCUUUCAUAAUUUCUUAAUCUUUCGCAAAGUUAUAACUAGUAAUUAUGUUUGGAGGGAUUUUUUUUUUUUUGGUCUUUUCAUUUUGUUUCAUUUUGCUUUGCUCUUUCCCUUUAUAUUACUUUUAUCCCCACAUAAUCUGACUUUAGUUUCUGAUUGCAACUAUUUUUACAUCAGAGUUUCUUACGUGUUGCUAUAAAUUGACAGAAUUGUAAAAAAAAUAUUUUAAUAUGGUGAAAUGACCAUUAUUUUAAAUAUAGAGCCUUUAAAAUUAGACGGGGAGGCCAAGAUAUUAGUCAAGUGUAACAUCAAAUCUAACCGUCAUGUUUUUUCACUAUUGACUAUGUAUCCCACGUCCUUUACAUUCUUCAACAUUUUCUUCUCCAUAAAUGACAGUACUUGAUAGGCAGUUGGUAACGUAAAGAGUAAAAGGGAAACUAAGAGACAGUUCUGUGUGGUUCAUGAAAACUACUGACACUUUCAGGGGUGGUCCAAUGGGGAAGCCAUUGAACUGGAAGAGACACUGGAUUGGGUAUGUCUACCAGGCAGACACUCAGAAAUGUAGUUUGCACUUAAGCUCUAAUUUUAUUUGUUCCCUUUCUGAACUCCAUUUUGGAUUUUGAAUGAAGCAAUAUGGAAGCAACCAGCAAAAUAACUAAUUUAAGUACAAUUUUUAAAAGAGCUAAGAUAAGGAAAGACUGUGGAAAUGCCAAACCAAGCAAAUUAGGACUUUGGAACAGUAUCCAGAGAUUAUGGUGAGAGGGCCAGCACAUUAUCUACAAGUGAUACCACAUUUGCUCUGCAAGGAAAGUUAUCCAGUUUAUAUACUCCACGUGAAGGAAUGCAAGUAAGGAUUGGCUUGAUUCCAUGGAAUUUCUAGGAUGAGACUCUAUUUAUACUAAGUAGAAGGUAACUCUUUGCACAUAAAUUGGUAUAAUAAAAAAAUACACAAAUGUUCGCAGUUUAUAGGUAGGUUCUUGGGUCAAAAGUUGUAAAUAAACGUGAAAAAUUUCUC